ACUACUUCACUGUGGCCAACGCUACCAGAAGGUAUAACGCCUUAGUUAGUCCGUCCAUGACCAUCUUCACUACAGUAGCUGAGUGCGCGCAGACUGCUGCCAAGAAAGUUGUCGACAAAGGGAUGGCAGUUCUUGGAAAACCUUGUAAACUGCGCGAGGCUGAGUGAAAAUGUUGACGCGAAGGAGUACCAGGAACAGGUGUCUACAGGAUAUUCCAACUACUUGACCCAGAACGACCUCACCUCUCAGGUCCAACUAGCUCAGACCCUCCACAGCCAACAAGUCAGCCAGAUAGAAGAGAAGAUGUUGUUCUACUACGAUCUGCAGAAAAGAGCCCUGGAGAGUUACGUCAUAGAUUCCAGAGGAUCCGGCCACUACUUGUCUCAAGUUACGAACCACCUUUCGGGAUACUACUCCACUAUUGAGUUCACGUCCAGUGACCAUCCAAGUGCCAGUGAAUGUUUGUCAAAGGCUAGAUCGGCUCUUAAUGCUGUUGUCAAUUCUGGAUCUUCAGCAGCCUUGGUGUGCGACCAGAAGAUUGUCAACGACACCAAAUAUCUUCUAUCCAAAGUUAAUAGUGAAUUUUCCGGAGUGAACAGUGUCCUGCCUGCAACCGGAAAUGUGGUAAUCCUCUCUUGCUUCAGUGAAGGAUACAUCUUUGCAGAUAAAACAAUCCUUAACUGCUUCAAGGUUGCCUCUUCAUAUUUCAGUGCGAAUUACAAGGACGUGUACGAUAGUGUUGUAAAGGACGUAGCGACACUUCUGGGAUAUGAGAGGAACUUCUUCGGGAACUCUUCUCUUCCUUGCGCCGACUCUGUACUCAGGAGAGCCUACUCGGAAGCGGAGAAGGUCUUGUAUGACAUGCAGCGCUGUCUGUAUAUAGAGUCUGGAACUAAAUACGCCGUCACUACCCCGUCCCCAAUCUAAUACUAGUAAUUAGCAAAGUUAACUAUAAAGUACAUAUUCUUAUUGUAGACAAUACUAUGCUUCAAUAAAAUUAAUAGCAA